AUGGACCUGGUGGUCGUAGCCAUGAACACGGGUGGCAUGAACACAGGCCUCAUGGUCAUGGACGACAUGGGCAUGGACGACAUGGGCAUGGACCACAUGGGCAUGGACCUCAUGGGCACGGACCACAUCGUCACGGCUGCCAUGGACACGGACCUCAUGGUAAUGGAUCACAUGGGCAUGGACCUCAUGGCCACGGUCCACAUCGUCACGGCUGCCAUCAACAAGGGUCUCAUGGUCAUGGACCACAUAGCCAUGGACAUCACGGUCAUGGACCCCAUGCGCACAAAUGGCAUCCAUUCGGACGUCACGGACCACCAUAUUUUGGCAAGCAUUUUGGACGUAACCACUACGCUGGACCCCAAGAUCCAUGUCAUAGUAUGCGCUUUAGCCCUGGCUGCCAAAAGAAUGAUACAGUUUUGA